AGAGAAUGUUCGCGCCAUAUGAAAGCAUCACUUACACCACUCAGGGAGAUUUUACCUUCUUGGAUAACGUUCAGCCGCUAUUAGAGCGCUGGAAAGGCCCAAUGAGCAUCGCCUUAUAUGCUCCCGGAGAUGAUUUCAAUUACACUGUUGAAUCUAUUCAUUAUUUACGCGAUUGCACGACGAAUUUAAUUCAGAACUUUGUUACAUUUCACGUUUUCCUUAAAGGGCAAGAUCUUCCUAAAGAGAUCCCCAAUUUUAAAAAAAUAUUUAAUACAACGUACAACUGUAAUAUCGAACCAAGCUUUAAAUCGAUAAAAUCGAAUGAAACCUACAGAGCUUUAAAUAAUCUUACAUAUCCAAUAAAUGUAGCGAGAAACGUGGCGAAAGAAUCUUCUCAAACCUAUUUCGUUUUAGCCUCAGAUAUCGAACUUUAUCCGAGCGUGAAUAUUAUCCAAAAUUUCUUAGAAAUGAUUAACCGUACUCAAAUAACCGCUACCAAUUCAAACCCGGCCGUAUUUCCUUUAAAUGUAUUCGAGGUAAAAGAAGACGCUGAAAUACCUAAAACGAAAACUGAACUUCUAGAAAUGUUAAAGAAGAAAAAGGCGAUUAAUUUCCAUCAGAAAGUGUGCCCGGCUUGCCAUCGCACUCCGAAUUAUAACGAGUGGAUUAAAACUAAUGAAACUAAAGGCAUAAACGUAUUCUAUGUAGGUAAAAGGAUAGGAAGUUUUAAAAGUUGGGAACCAUUUUUUAUCGGAUCAAAAUAUGCUCCAGAUUUCGAUGAAAGGUUGUCGUGGGAGGGACAAAGCAAUAAAAUGACUCAAGGUUACAUUUUAUGCGUUAAAGAUUAUGACAUGAUGAUGUUGGACAACGCGUUUUUAGUUCAUAAACCAGGUAUUAAAGUUUUCCGUAGGGAUCCGAUUCGAAGAGCUCACGUAAUAAAAACAAACGUUUUGAUAAGAAAAGUAAUUAGAAAAGAAUUGGAGACUUUAUUCGGUGUUAAAAAAGGUUGUCGUGUUUAAUUUAAUAAUCAUUGACAAUUACAUUAAAAUUUUAUAACAUAACAAUAAGUUCUUUUAUUAGUUAUCAUUAUGUAAUUUUGCUAACA